GCCUCAUUUUAGCAAGUGGCCUUGCAGCUCGCCGUCUCACCUUCUUCCUUUUGACUCGCAAGAUUCUGAAUUAGCUCCAAGCUAACACUUCUCUUUCUCUCUCUCUCUCUCUGUCUCCUCACAGCUGAGCUGAUCCUCAAUCUUCUCCCACUGCAUGAAGAAGUAAUUGCUGUCCGCCUAUACGUUCAAAUUUUUUGUAUCUAUAGCCUCUUCUUCAAACCUUUAACAGAUCGUUCCAGCCCCAAGUUUUUCCGUUUUCUGCACGCCCUUUUCUCUAAAUUUGAACCUCUUUUUUUCUGGGUUCUAUGUUUUUUCCUCUUUUUCCAAUUCUUGUGAUUGAUAAGGCAAGAACAAGGAAGAAAAAAUGAUGGGUCGGUCUUCAUUUGCGUUAUCGAGGACUGGAAGUUUCAGGCCUGAAAAUCUCGGGCAGAAUGCGUUAGCAAUGGUGGGCAAUCUCUGUUUCACUUUAUUCGUAAUUGGGGUCUUGAUUUUCACCAUAAUUGCUGCCACUUACCAGCCUGACGACCCUUUGUUCCACCCUUCCUCAAAGAUCACGAAUUUCUUCUCAUCCAAUUCCAUUGCCACCUUUAAAUCUGAUGUUGGUGUUGUUAAGACUGGUGAGGACUUCGUUGCCUCCAAUCAGACUGCAUUUGCUGCCUUUAUUAACAUUACCGAUAUCGAUACUGCAGCCUUUGUUGAUGUUGACGAGCCCACGGUGGUCUCUGAGGCCCGUGAGUGUCGCGUUGAUGAUCCAAUUGAUUGUCGUGAUCCUGAUGUGUUCCAUUUGUUGAUGAGGUCCACCAUUGAUAAAUUUAAGGACGUACAUUUCUACCGGUUUGGGAGGCCGGUUCGUGGGGAUAAUGAUAGUUCUUGCCAUAUGGCUUGGCGGUAUAGGCCAAAAGGAGGGAAAGCAGCUGCAUUUUACAAGGAUUAUAGGACUUUUACGGUGGUCAGGUUUGAGAAUUGCACGGUGAGUUUGAUUGGGAUGGGGGAGUAUCAUUCGGGUGGGAAUGCGAGGAAGAGGAAGGCAAAAGGGAAAGGUAAGAAGGAGGGAGCAAAGGUGGAGGGUGAUUCUCUUGGCCUGCCGAUGGUUGGGGAAAAUGUGGACGACGCACUUCCGUUGGUCGAAUCAGAGGAUUCAUUUAGUCGUAGCAAGUAUUUGAUUUAUGUUGGUGGAGGUGAUAGGUGCAAGAGCAUGCAUCAAUACUUGUGGAGUUUCAUGUGUAUGUUAGGCGAGGCACAGUAUUUGAAUCGGACUCUGGUGAUGGAUCUUAGCAUUUGUUUGUCUAAGAUAUACUCUUCGUCUGGUGUGGAUGAGGAAGGUAAAGAUUUCAGGUUCUACUUCGACUUUGAGCACUUGAAGGAUUCAGCAUCGGUGCUUGACCAAGCUCAGUUUUGGUCGGAAUGGAGCAAGUGGCAACGCAAAGAUGGAUUGAGUCUCCAUCUGGUGGAGGAUUUCUGUGUGACGCCAAUGAAGCUAGCUGAGGUGAAGGAUACUCUAAUUAUGAGGAAGUUUGGAUCCGUGGAGCCGGAUAAUUACUGGUACCGAGUUUGUGAAGGUGAGACGGAGUCUGUCAUUCAGCGGCCUUGGCAUAUGAUUUGGAAGUCGAGACGGUUGUUGGAUGUGGCUUCCGCUAUUGCAGCAAGAAUGAAGUGGGAUUUUGAUGCUGUUCAUGUCGAGAGAGGGGAGAAGGCAAGCAACAAGGAGCUGUGGCCUAAUCUUGAUAGAGACACUCAACCAGAAGCCAUUCUUGCAACUUUGCAAGGCAAAAUUGAAGAUGGAAGGAAUCUUUACAUUGCUACAAAUGAGCCAGACACGUCGUUCUUUGAUCCUUUGAAGGACAAGUAUUCCACACACUUUCUUGAUGAAUAUAAAGAUCUAUGGGAUGCUAACAGUGAUUGGUAUGACGAAACAAUGAAGCUCAAUAAUCGAAAUUCAGUUGAGUUUGAUGGUUACAUGAGGAUAUGUGUCGAUACGGAAGUGUUGUUGAGGGGUAAAAAACAGAUUGAGACUUUUAAUGAUCUCACUAAGGACUGUAAGGAUGGCAUUAAUACUUGCACAUCUACCGCCUAAUCCACAACGAUAUGAGGUGUUGGACUUCCUCUCGUGCAUCUUAUGUGUUUGUCUCCGAAAGAAAUUUCGUCUCAGGUUAACUUAAGAAGCUUUAGAUAUCAUGUGUAGGAUUUGUUUCAUUUGUUAGUGUCCUGUAAGUUUAAGACAAUAUUACUUGUUUGUAUGCAGUGUUUGACAAGUAUAUAUCUUCUGCAUCAUCUUGAGUUAAUUUUCCCAGAAAAUUUGUGAGAGUUCAAUGUUGGUGAUAUGAUGUAAAAUAAGAGAGGAAGGCAUUUUGGAAGUCAAAAGCAUAUAGCAUUUGGAGGCACAUAAUUUUUUAUUGUGUAGGAGUUAUAAAAUGAUCGUCAGAAGAA